AUUUGAUUUCGUUUUGGACAGCCAGACGAGCUCACAAGGCACCUGAUAUUAAAGCUACCCUAGCGCAUGGACAUCGUCACUCCCUUGAAACUGGUACACAUGAAGCCAGGAUUUCAAAUGGAGCCAAGUUGUUAGUACUGACCCAUAGAUCCUUCAGGGCACAAUUCAAUACCAAUGUUGGGUAAAUUCAUGAAUUUUGCUGAUUUGAUUCUCAUUGCUCCUGUAGCUCCAAACCCGUCCCUAUCCAACUGUUUAACGGUAGGCAGCGGCUUGGCUCUGCCCCUGCAUUGCUGAAGUCCAUGAGCGACGGUAGCCACUUACCAUCAGGUGGGCCGUAUGCUCGUCUAACUACACGGGCAAUAAAAAAAAAAUAGUCGUUUAUAUUUUUGUUAUUAGAAAGAUAAUCGAAAUUUUGACCUCUUAUCUCAACAUGAUCGAAAUAUGAGUAAGCACUAUUUGGUUCAUGAGGUCUUCUACCUAUUUACGGAAAAUGAUACAAAAAUGAUAUAUCGUAAAAAAAUCAACCACUAUACAUACGCCUUAAGCAUUUAUCAGAAUACCUCGUCUCGGCAAUUGGAUUCUGCGUCCGAUUCGCGACCAUUUCAGCUCGAGCCGUCUUUAUUAAGAUCGUCGGUUUUAUUGGAUAAUUACCGCGUGGGGUGCGAGACCAUUUGAUCUGCAACGUUCGUACCAAUCGCUCGUUUUAACAAUGUUAUUGUUUCUGCUCUGUAUCUCUUUGUAUGGCGCUUCAGGAGCGGAGUUCACGCUACCGGGUGAGUGUCCAAAUAUGAAGCUGCAAGAGAACUUGGAUUAUACUAAGUUUUCAGGGGUAUGGUACAACGUUGCAAGCUAUGCAAGCGAUGGACGGCCAAUCUACGAUUGUGCCACCCUGGACUUCCAGGAAGACAACCUUGGCUACACCCUACGGGAGACGUACGUGAAUGUCGACGGGGGUAAUAGAACCCAGAAGUCUUACCUGGCAAGAGUCGACCCCACGUUUGAUGCUGGAAACAAGGCUCAGUUCAUUGUCAGCCACGAGGGCGGUGAUAAAGUUCUGCAGUUUCCGUUUUUCAUCUUGUCCACUGAUUACGAUGAAUACGCCAUAGCGUACACGUGUAAAACGUUGAAGAAGAAAACCAGGACUCAUUAUGUUUUCACAUGGAUCCUCACGAGAACCAAGAACAAACUGCAAGGCGAUACUCAAAAGAAAGUAGAGACUGCUCUUUCGAAUUACCUAGAACUGGCCGAGCACCGAAAGCAGUUCGUAUUUAAAGAUUUUUCCGAAGAAGACUGCUCCUACACGGAUCAAUUCAAAACCGAUUUCUUCACAAGCAACUUCUGGUGAUGAUUGUUUCUUGAUUAAUUUACUUGACUGUGAUUAAAUAAAGAAUAAUUGUGUAUUUUGUAUUGA